AUGUUAACAUUGGCAGCACGAAAACAUAACCAAUACAAGGUGUUGUCAUCACUGUUCCUCAGCACUACUGGUUCAUCAUCAUCAUCAUAUAUCUCGAGAGUUGGUAGUACUGGUGGUCUAUGCUCAUUCUCGACAAAGAGAAAGGAUGAUUCACAUGGAUCGGUCAAUGACAUAACUUAUACGGUUCAAUUGACACAAGACACUUCAACACGUGAUUUGGUAAUGUCACUCAAGAAUCAAUUAAAGAAUCCAAAAAAGAAGACAAAGAACAACAAUAACAACACUGAAAAGAAGAAAACAAAUACCAAACAAACGCAACAAGUAGAAGAAGAAGAAGAAGACGAUAUCUUUUACGAAGAUGAAAAUGAUGACCAAACCUACUUUAUUGAUGAAGAUGGAGAAGAAUAUAUUGUUGAUUUUGAUGAACAAUCUGAUCAACCAAUACAACCAAUUCAACAACAACAACAACCAAAACAAACUCAACAACAACAACAACAAUUAAAAUCAAAGAAAUCAUCAUUGAUAUUAUCAGAAUUUGAAAAGGAAUAUCAAAUGUAUGGAAUGGAAGGAAUGGAAGAUCACAAAUUUAAUGAUCAAGAUGCCGAUGUUGCAGAUAUGCAACUUUCAUUGGAUGAAUUCAAUAUUGAUCAGGAUAACGAUCAACUAUUUAGAAUUGGUGAAAAGAAUGACUUUGAAUUGGUUAGUGACAAGGAUUUGGUUGAAAAUAAAAUAAGAUUAGAAUUGGAUGGAUUGGAAGAUGAAAUCGAACAGGAAGAGGAAAUUGAUCCACUUGAAGAAGCAAAGAGAAAAAGAAAGAAUUUAGUUAAUAUUAUUAGAGAAAAGUAUGGUAACGAUGCAGACAAGAUUAUCAGUAAAAUAGACAACAAGGAAAAAUAUGGAAAUUGGGAUCCAAAGAGAAAACUAUCAAGAGAUGACAUGAAUCAAGUCAAACAACUACACAAGCAAGACCCAGAUAUUCACACAAUCGACGAAUUAAGCAAACAAUUCAAGGUAUCGGCAAGUUCAAUCUAUAGAAUCAUCAGAAGUAAAUGGGAACCAACCGAGGAAAGAUUAACAAAACAAGAACAAAACAAACACAAACAUGGAAUUGUUGUUAAUCCACAAAAGGAUGAAAAGUAUUCAAAAAAAUGGGAAAUGAAGAAAAAUAAUAAUCAAAAUAAUAAUAAUCAAAAUAAUAAUUAUAAUAACAAACCUAAUCAUUAUAAUAAUAAUAAUAAGAAUAAUAAUAAGAAUAAUAAUAAUAAUUUCAACAAAACCAACAAUAGUUAUAAUAAUAAUAAUAAGUCAGGAUAUUCUGUGAAAAAAGAUAAUAAUGGAGGUCAAUUUAAACCAAAACCAAAUCUAUUGGAAAAUCAAAGACCAGAAUUGGUCGUCGCCAAUCAUGUUCCCUUUCCAACAAAAUCAACCAAACAAUUAAAAAUGGUCGAUCCAACAAAAUCACUCAAAUCAAACAAAAUCAGCAAGUUUGUUAGCAACGAAGAAAUUACUCGUCGAACCAACAGAAUAAAAGAUUUAGAAAGAUCCAUUUCUGAAUAA